AAAAAAUCUUCAAGUCCCCUCCGAGCGCAUUCCCGCAGGCAUUUACAUAUCCGUCAAUGUUGAUUCCCAUAGACGCUGGAAAUCGGCCAUCAGUGUCUUAUCAUCUGAGGAAUCUGCAGCGUGGGGCGACACUGUGACUCUGUACAGUCCAUGGAGACUUUCCGAUGCGAUGCGAGAGCUGAUUUUCUGUUUCUAGAUCAUCCCAUACCUCGCCUGCAUUAUCAAUAGAGAUCAGGGCGUCCUAUGAGGCCGGUCGAAUCCUAGGCAGUGGAGAGGUCAUUGGGAAACUUCAAAUGUCAUGGGAUGAGCUACU